AUGUCUCCUGCUAUUUUUCUCUUCUGGAGGGUGGCCGGCCGGAAGACAAGCUGGAGUGAUUCCUAAAGGCUGACAGGGCCAGACAAAGGUGGGGCCAGAGUACGGGCCCAUUUCCUCUUAUCUCCCCCACCCCCAGAUGACUUAUCCCUAAUGCCAUCCGCCAUAGUCAAUCCAGUUCCCCCCCGUCUUACAUGAGCGUGCUUCAAAAGAUUCACGGAAAAUGGAAUCAAAAGACACAGAUAGGGCUGGGAUGCCAGUGCUCCCUGGCUGAGUCCCGAGGUUCGCUCGGCUCCUGAUGCUGGUCCCUGAGAACUGGUUUCUGGGAAGUAGCAGGUGCGAUGGCUAGACCCCUGCCAUUCUUGAGUUCCCAGCUGCCGACUAGACUCUGGCACAGCCCCCAGCCAUUGCAGGCAUUUUGGGAGAAUUGGAUAGGAGCUCUCAGUGUCUCUGUCUGGCUCAAAACAAACAAACAAACAAACAAAAAACAGGCAAAACAACAAAAUGUUGACUUUGGUGCAAAAGAAAUCAUUGAAAUCCAUGCUCAUGUAGGGGCUUCAGAAAACUCAUGAGACAUACAUAUUGUGAAAAAAACCAUGCUUGGAUUUCAAACAUUACUUGGCACUAAAGCUUGUUUUUGAAUUUCAUUUUCUAUGAGCUUUUGGAAAUGCCCUGGUGUGUUCUCACAUAGGGGACUUUGGGAUGUUCUCGGGCUAUGGGAGUGUGUGUUGUCUGCCCUGGCAAAGCCACUGCAUGCCCACUUGCCCUCCCUUUGGGUCUCCUUCAGUCCCCUUCCCAGCUCCAUGUUUUUCACCCAAAAUCUCUCCCCAUCUCUGUUUCCCUUUUACGAAUUCUGAGUGUCUCUCACAAAAUGACCUUGCCCUCUCCUGCCCUUCCCCCCCGCAAAAAAACACCCCACAGUCACCUUCAAGCUGUACGACACGGACAGGAAUGGGAUCCUGGAUAGCUCGGAAGUGGAGAAGAUCAUCCUGCAGAUGAUGCGAAUGGCUGAAUACCUGGACUGGGAUGUGUCGGAGCUGAGGCCGAUUCUCCAGGAGAUGAUGAAGGAGAUUGACUACGACGGCAGCGGCUCUGUCUCCCUGGCCGAGUGGGUCCGGGCCGGGGCCACCACCGUGCCACUGCUGGUGCUGCUGGGUCUGGAGAUGACACUGAAGGAUGAUGGACAGCACAUGUGGAGACCCAAGAGGUUCCCCCGACCCGUCUACUGCAACCUCUGCGAGUCGUGCAUCGGUCUAGGCAAACAGGGGCUGAGCUGUAACCUCUGCAAGUACACUGUCCACGACCACUGUACAAUGAAGGCCCUGCCCUGUGAAGUCAGCACCUACGCCAAGUCCCGGAAGGACAUUGGGGUUCAAUCACACGUGUGGGUGCGAGGAGGCUGUGAGUCGGGGCGCUGUGACCGCUGUCAGAAAAAAAUCCGCAUCUACCACAGCCUGACCGGACUGCAUUGUGUGUGGUGCCACCUAGAGAUCCAUGAUGACUGCCUACAAGCCAUGGGCCAGGAGUGUGACUGUGGGGUGCUCAGAGACCACAUCCUCCCCCCAUCUUCCAUCUAUCCCAGCGUGCUGGUCUCUGGACAGGAUCGGAGACAAAGCAAAGCCAGCCAGAAGACCUUGGAUGAUUCAAACAUGAGCACUUCCGAGGCUUUGCGGAUUGAUCCUGUGUCUAAUACUCACCCACUUCUAGUCUUUGUCAAUCCUAAGAGUGGCGGGAAGCAGGGACAGAGGGUGUUUUGGAAGUUCCAGUAUAUACUGAACCCUCGGCAAGUAUUCAACCUGCUCAAGGAUGAUCCUGAGGCCGGACUUAGGUUCUUCCGAGACGUCCCCGAUUUCCGGAUCCUGGUGUGCGGGGGGGAUGGCACCGUGGGUUGGAUUCUUGACACCAUCGACAAAGCCAACUUGCCUGUUGUGCCUCCGGUCGCUGUGCUGCCCCUGGGCACUGGAAAUGAUCUGGCUCGUUGCUUAAGAUGGGGAGGAGGGUAUGAAGGACAGAAUCUGGCCAAGAUCCUCAAGGACCUAGAGACGAGUAAAGUGGUUCAUAUAGACCGGUGGUCUAUCGAGGUGAUCCCUCAGCAAACCGAGGAAAAGAGCGACCCGGUCCCCUUUCAGAUCAUCAAUAACUACUUCUCCAUCGGAGUGGAUGCAUCCAUUGCUCACCGGUUCCACGUCAUGCGAGAGAAAUAUCCCGAGAAGUUCAAUAGCAGAAUGAAGAACAAGCUGUGGUACUUUGAGUUUGCCACGUCCGAAUCCAUCUUCUCAACGUGCAAAAAGCUGGAGGAGUCCUUGACUGUUGAGAUCUGUGGGAAACCACUGGAUCUGAGCAACCAGUCCCUGGAAGGCAUCGCGGUGCUCAAUAUCCCCAGCACUCAUGGUGGCUCCAACCUCUGGGGUGAUACCAAGAGACCUCCUGGUGAUAUCUAUGGGAUCAACCAGGCCUUGGGCAACACAGCUAAAGUCAUUACUGACCCUGAUAUCCUGAAAACUUGUGUGCCAGACCUAAGCGACAAGCGACUGGAGGUUGUAGGGCUGGAGGGUGCCAUUGAGAUGGGCCAGAUCUACACCAAACUCAAGAGUGCUGGACAUCGGCUGGCCAAGUGCUCUGAAAUCACUUUCCGCACCACAAAAACCCUCCCAAUGCAAAUCGACGGGGAGCCAUGGAUGCAGACGCCCUGCACGAUCAAGAUCACCCACAAGAACCAGAUGCCCAUGCUCAUGGGCCCACCCCCCCGCUCCUCCAAUUUCUUUGGCUUCUUGGGCUGAGAGGGGACACUUCCUGCCACCUCAGCCUUGCAGCCAGCCUUGAACUCUCCUUCCUGUCUACAGACUGCACCCCUACAGCUCUGUACAUUGCUGCCAUGCCCUCCUGCAAGCUCAGAGGGGCAUUCCUUCAUCCUCACAGUAUUUAUUAUCCUGCCCCCCCACUCUUGCCCACACACACUCACACACACAGACACACACACCCCACAUACAUUGAAAGUGCCUCAUGAGAAUAAAAUGACUUUUUUCCCCACUGGGAUAUUGUUAA